UUUUCUAGAGAAGUGGGCUCUUUUACUCGGCGCUCCUGCAGGCUGCUAGAGCUAACCUCCUGUUUCUUAGAUGCGUUUGCACUACGUUCGGGCUCUUUGAACUCCACACUCUCCCACAGCUUGGGAGCGGGAGCGCGGCGACAGUGUGCCUCCGCGCGCCCGAGGGGAGCCGAACCCCGGAGGAAGGGGCGGAUCGGGCGCGGUGUUUGGGACGGAGCGGGGCGCGCGGCGCUCGAAGCACCCACUCGGCGCAUUCCCGGGCUGGUGGAGACAGCAUGGGCAGUCCUGCGGCCGCACCCCUCGAGCUGUAGAUUCGCAGGCCCACGGCAGCCCGACUCGACGGCGUCCCCAUUAUAUCGUCUCUUCUUUUGAUCACUGUUCCUGAUUGUGGCUUUGUCCAAGCAUUAAAUUGCGUGCCUUUUGUUCCUUGAAGAAGGAGCUGGUGCUAGCAACUCCCAACUCGGCCCCUGGACUCCGCUCAAAACUCCGGAUUCAUUCUCUUCCUUCCCAUACCUCAGCCUGAGCUUUCUGUCUCCCCAAAGGGUACCACAUGAUCUUCCUCUCAAGUUCUCACUUCUUCGAAUCCCAAGAUGAAGAAACGAAGACAGAGAUUGAGACUUGUCUAGAGUAACACAAACCAAUUACAAAACUGAGGUGCAUAGAAGUUGAAGCUUGCCUGGUGCCCCACAGAGCAGCUGCAGGUAUAGUGCGUAGCUGCUGACUUCCCGAUUAGCACCAUCUCUACUUCCAAAUCUUACUUUUUGGUGAGUUAAUGUGGGAAAAAUCCUCGUGUUUUGAAGAUGUCUCGCCACAGUAUUGUUUCCUGUUUAAAUUACAAGUAGCUUCAGUGUUUAGAGAAAAUAGAAAUUGGGGUUUUUGUUAAAUCAUGCCAUCUGAACAGAAACAGUUAUUUUUUGAUGAAAAACAAACUAUUUUAAGAAAAGAUUAUGAUGUGAAAAAUGAGAUAGUUGAUAGUAUCAGAUCAAUGCUUAGGCCAAAAAUUUCAGAAAGUAGUUUUCAUUAUGAACUAAAAAAUGUGAAAAUUGAUUUGCCGAAGAUAAAUAUUCCAAAUGAAGUCUUUUUGAAACAUGAAGUUGACAAAUACAGAAAGUUAUUUCAGCGUCAACCACAGACUGCAAGAAAAUCUAUCAGUAUAAGGAGUAUAAGUUGUGUAGAAGAGUGUAUGCUGCUCCAUAAGUCUGAGAGAAUUGAAGAAGAAGGUUUAAAAAUGUCAGCAAAAAUACUCAAUUUCAACUGUUUAAAAUGCCGAGAUAGCACUCGAUAUAGCCCAAAUGAUUUGCAGAAACACUUUCAGAUGUGGCACCAUGGUGAAUUACCUUCAUAUCCUUGUGAAAUGUGCAGUUUUUCAGCAAAUGACUUCCAGAUAUUUAAACAACACAGACGGACACACAGAAGCACUUUAGUAAAAUGUGACAUUUGUAACAAUGAGAGUGUGUAUACUUUAUUAGACUUGACAAAGCAUUUUACAUCCACACAUUGUGUUAAUGGUCAUUUUCAGUGUGAAAAGUGCAAAUUCUCCACCCAGGAUGUUGGCACAUUUGUUCAGCACAUUCAUAGACAUAAUGAAAUCCAUUAUAAAUGUGGUAAAUGCCAUCAUAUAUGUUUUACCAAAGGAGAGCUUCAGAAGCACCUUCACGUUCAUUCUGGUACAUUUCCCUUCACUUGUCAAUAUUGUAGCUAUGGUGCCACUAAGAGAGAGCACCUCGUGAGACAUGUUAUAACUUUGCACAAAGAACACUUAUAUGCGAAAGAAAAACUGGAAAAAGACAAAUAUGAUAAAAGGAUGACAAAGACUUCAGCAGGACUUAAGCUGAUACUGAAAAGAUACAGAAUAGAUGCAUCAAGGAAGACAUUCUGGAAACGCAAGAAGAUCAACAAUGGAAGCGACAGAAGUAUAGAAAAAAACCCUCAAAUGCUAAAAAAACUGAACAGAACACAAGCUAAAUCUGAAGACCAGAGCCAUCUUGUUCAAGAGCAUUUAAAUGAAGAAAAGGAUGAAAGACCACACUGUGCGAAUAAUGAUAAACCUGCUGAGUUAGAGUCAGAGAAGCCAACUCUUCUGUCCACUGGGCAAUGUAAUAGAGCUGAAGAGGGAUCAAAUUCUACUCUAGGUUUCUUAAAGACUGCUGUACAAGGACCUACAGUGUUAAUGGUGAAAAAUAAUAGAAUAACAAUUCCUGCUAACUAUAGUGCUGAUUUUAUGGGUUUUAAGAUGGUGGAUGGAAAACAACAUAUUGUAAUAAAAUUGUUGCCUACCAAUAAACAAAAUUUAUAUUCACCAGGCUCACAGUCAGAUGCUACAAAGGAUGGUACUGCCAGUUUGCAGCCCCAGACUCUGGACACUACUGGAUUUUUAGCAGGAGUAACAACUGAGUUAAAUGACACCAUUUAUAUGAAAGCAGCUACUCCGUUUUCGUGCUCAUCUCCUAUACUUUCAGGGAAAGUAACAUCAGAAAAAGAAAUGGCUUUGGUGUCUCAAACAGGUAAUAUGCUUCAAAUGGUGGAUGAUGAAAAAGGUGUGUCGUCUUUGUCAGCAUCAGAAUUGGUUACAGCAUCAGUGAAUUUGACCACAAAAGUUGAAACAAAAGAUAAUAUUGAUCUAUGGGGAAGUUAUAUUCCUGAGAGUCACCCUGAGAUACCAGGUGCUACCAUUAAAAGUCCAGAUACAGUCAACUCUACUACCAAACAAAAUGCACAUGGCAGUGGAGAUAUGCAUAACUAUUGCAUUAAUUAUGUCAGCUCUGAGUUACCUGUUGAAUCUUCCAACCAAGGAUCAUUACCCUUUCAUAAUUACUCAAAAGUAAAUAAUCCUAAUAAACGUCGUAGGUUUUCAGGAACAGCAAUGUGUGAAAACCCUCAGAAGGAACCUUCAUCGAGCAAGACAGUUGUCCAACAGCCAAUAAGUGAAUCAGUUUUAUCACUGGUGAGGAAGGAGAGCUCAAAUCCAGAUAGCAUGUUAGCAUCUAUAAGCCUUUUAAAUAGUAAAGAUGGAACUUUAAAAAUGCAAGCUGAAAUUGAAGAACAAUGUGUGUUAGAAAAAGGACAAAACAUUGAUGGACAGAACUUAUACUCCAAUGAAAAUCAAAAUUUAGAGAACAUGACUGAAAAAUCUAAGUGGGAUGGCAUUUCUAAUGUUGACUCACCUAUGAUGCCUAGGAUCACAUCUGUUUUCUCUCUCCACAGCCAACAGGCAUCAGAAUUUUUGCCACCUGAAGUAAACCAGUUACUCCAGGAUGGAUUAAAAACAAAAUCUGAAGUAAAACAGGACUCUAGUAAGACUCCAGAUAAAGUCCUCCCACUUCAUUGUGACCAACCAUUUCAGAGACCUGAGGGAGAAGGCAAAAUAGUUGAAUCUUCAAAAGACUUCAAAGUACAAGGCAUCUUCCCAAUUCCGUCUGGUAGUAUAGGGAUUAAUGUCCCUAUAAAUGAUCUGAAUUUAAAGUGCAGUGGAAAAGAAAAACAAAACCUGUCAAUAUCACAAGAUGUGAGAGAUUCAGAAAAGACACCUAGAAUUUCAGGUAUUGGCACAUUACUUAAGACUCAGUCAGAUGCAAUAAUAACACAGCAGCUCGUAAAAGAUAAACUGCGAGCCACUACACAAAAUUUAGGUUCUUUAUAUAGGCAGAGUCCACUUCUAAAUUCAGAACCAAGAAAAGCUAUAUUUGUUCAGACUCCAAAAGGUGUUUUUGUACCACUGCACAUUGCUAACAAGCCUGGAUUACAUGUUGUUUCAGGAAGACCACUUCCAUUGGUUAAUACACAAGGUGUACCUGCUUCUUUUCUUUUAAACAAGAAACCUGGGAUGAUUUUAACGUUUAAUCAUGGGAAACUUGAAGGUGUUUCCGCUGUCAAAACUGAGAGCGCUCAAGCUUGUGGAACUACAGCUAAGGAACCUUGCAGAACACCUUUCUUAAAGGUGGAACCCAACAGUAAUUGUCUGACACCUGCACUUUGUUCCAGCAUUGGCAGUUGUUUGAGCAUGAAAAGUAGCUCCGAAAAUACUUUGCCAUUAAAAGGCCCUUACGUUAUUAAGACGUCAGCAAGUUCUUCAGUGAAAGCUGUUCCUACUCCUAAUGUAGCUUCUGAGCACCAGGGCACCAAGCUGAAUAUCUUGGAAUCAGUAAAACAGCAGAACGAGAUUUUUCCCAAACCACCUCUUUAUACCCUCUUGCCUGAUGGCAAACAAGCUGUUUUUUUAAAAUGUGUGAUGCCAAAUAAGACUGAGCUGCUUAAGCCUAAAUUAAUCCAAAAUAGUAUGUAUUAUCAAAACAUACAGCCAAAGAAACCUGAAGGAACACCACAAAAAAUAUUGCUGAAAAUUUUUAACCCUGUUUUAAAUGUGAGUGCUGCUAACAAUCUGUCUGUAAACAACUCUGCAUCCUCAUUGCAGAAAGACAAGGUAUCAUCUAAUCAGACUACAGGAGGAGAGCAGAGAGAGCCAGAAUCUUCUAGAGAUGCCUUACCCUUCUUACUAGAUGAUAUGAUGCCAGCAAAUGAAAUUGUGAUAACUUCUACUGCGACAUGCCCAGAAUCUUCUGAGGAACCUGUGUGUUUCACUGACCGUUCAGACACCAGGGUGUUAAGGUGUAAAACGAAUUGUACAAUUGAGAGAAGCUUCAAUAGAAAAAAAACUUCCAAAAUAAAAACUCAUGUAAGAAGUAAAGAUUCUGAAACUGCCUUUGUACCUAGAAACAGGAACUGUAAACGAAAGUGUAGGAAUAGUUACCAAGAACCUCCAAGAAAAAAAGCAACAUUACAUAGAAAGUGUAAAGAAAAGGCAAAACCUGAAGCUGUCCGUGAAUCGUUUGGAUUUAGCAGACCGAGGCUUUCAAAAGAUGCAGUCAGAACUUUGCGGCUUUUCCCAUUUAGUUCCAAACAGCUUGUGAAAUGUCCUAGGAGGAACCAGCCAGUUGUAGUUUUGAAUCAUCCUGAUGCAGAUGCCCCAGAAGUAGUAAGUGUGAUGAAAACUAUUGCUAAAUUUAAUGGCCGUGUGCUUAAGGUUUCAUUGUCAAAAAGAACUAUUGAUGCUUUACUGAAACCAGUUUGUGGUAACGCUUCACAAUCAAUUUAUGAUGAUUUUUCCAAGAGGCAUAAAACAUUUAAACCUGUUAGUUCUGUGAAAGAAAGAUUUGUGCUAAAAUUAACACUCAAAAAGACAAGCAAAAACAAUUAUCAGAUCGUGAAAUCUACCUCUGAAAAUGUUCCAAAAGCUAAGUUUAACUGUUGGUUUUGUGGUAGAGUAUUUGACAAUCAGGAUGCUUGGGCUGGUCAUGGGCAGAGACAUUUAAUGGAAGCUACUCGUGAUUGGAAUAUGUUAGAAUAAUUUACUGUAGUUCCCAAGGAAAAGAGAAGUAAAAUCAUCUUAGAAGAAAACAGUGGGACAAAUUACCUUAAGGCAGACAUUUUCUACUUUAGUAUAUACCUAAAAUUGGACAUUGGAAAGUAGGCUAUAUUUCCAUGGGAGACUAAAAAAGUUUUAUGUGUGAUAUUUGCAAAUGCUGUCACUGCACACAUAAGUUUUGAAAGAAACUAAUCACAGCACAGGUGUACCUUGAUUUAGUUUUUUUUUUUUUUUUAAUGUGUUCUUGGGAAGUUAGGGCUAAAGAAAAUUUUGAUAAAGCAGUUUUCCCAAUUUAGUUAUUUAGGGACUCUUAGUAGAGGGUAACAGCUGACAACUCCAUUCCCUCUAUUCUUCCACCAGCCUUAGGAGUCUGGUAAGUGUAGCUCCUCUGAAGAUGGAGAGAGCUCUUUUACCAAGGAGCUGAAGGAGUUCCUCGUCAUUUGUGAAGAUAUACUAAGAGAACUUGAGUAAAGAAUUUAACUUUACAUCUGCUAAAUAGAGCUGAUUUGAAGGGUAUUAGGUUCCUUUGAGUAGCUAACUACAGUUACACCUCUUGAUGCUUGAAAAGAGUUUGUGACAAGUAAAUCUUUUUUUCUUUUAUGCUGUGUCCCACAUCAAGGAUUGGAAUACCCUCCCAAGGUGAUUUUCUUUUUCUAAAUGGCUGUGUCAAGCACUGCAGUAGAUGGGAAGCCUUAAAAGAAGAAUUAAACUCUCUUGGUCUAGUUUGAAGUCUAGUGAAAGAACUUGAACAUUUUUCUGAAUUUAAUGAUAAUCUCCAGUGAUUCUCUUGCACAGAACUAUGCUUAUUUGAUUUAAAUUGUUUGUCCCUCAUAAACCAAAUGGCCCAUUUUUGACUUGGUUGCCAUCCAUUUGAAAAGUGGACCAUAGAAGCACUUCCAAGGGAAUGGCUUUUCUUGAAAAUUAAAAAUUAUUCUACAGAAACCGUAUUUUGAAACAAGAUUAGCAAAGCAAAUCAGACUUUUGCUAUUUAAUUACUGCUAGGUGUCUGAACAUGUACACUUUGAGACAAACCAUUUUUGGUAUUAGCACCUUUUCAGUAUGAUUGACAACCCAAAGCAGAUUAUCUACUGCUUGUUGGCAGUUGAAAUUAAGAAACAUUAAUAGUGGAUUCAGUGACAGUGCAUAAAAUUUCAGGACAGAUUCCUAGGGGAUGUACCCAGCAGGUAGGGUGUUAAAGUGGAUAUUUUCAUGACAACAACAGAAUAAUUGACUGAAACUUCACCAUGUAAGUUUGGAUCAAGUUUUAUUGGAUCAUUGGCUAAUGGAGUUCUUGUGUUAAAUUACUGUAUAAUUUUUUGUUAUAUUGUUACUACAAGUGUUACAACAUUUUCAUUGACUGAAAAUUUCAGGGCUUCUUUUCUGUAUAUAAGAAAGAAUUUAAACCUGUACAUAUUUUUGUACCUUUCAGUUUGUUAUGUAAAUUUUGCACAGAAAAUUUUUGACAUAAAAAGUUUAUUUUCUUUCCAUUUAGUUCUGUGCAUGCACUAAUAAAACUGGUUGUUUAAUUUAAAAGGAAUAUGUAAGACUUUACCCAUGUUAUUUUCUUGGUUUUUAUUUCAGAUGUAGAAUUUUUUUUUUGGGUAAAUUCAUUUUUCAGGGAUUGAACACUAUUGUUAGCAAGUGCCUAAAAGAUGUGAAACAGUUUACAUAUGUCAACUGUAACAGUAGGUCCCAAAUGGGCCCAUUUCCCCAAAAGUUUUAUUUUAAAGAAAGCCAUACAUAGAUGCUUCAAGCUAUCUUGCUAUGCACAUUAUACAUGUACUUUUUUUGUGCAGUUUGUCUACUUUCCUAGUGAAGUAUUUUUUGUAUAAACCUGUUAUAAUUGUGUUUCUUAAAUUGAGCCUCAGAAUGGAGUUGAUUGGAAAUAUACAGUAUAUAUUAAUAAUGUAUAUGGUGUUUAAAGAAUGAUAAGCAUUGUUAAUUUCUGUAAUGAGCAUUUUCUUCAAUUAAAUUUAUCUUAAGUUUGUGUUUA